UUCUCACACAAGCUUCAAGGAUCUAUUAAAGGGCUCAACCUCUACAAGAUUCAAGAUUUGGGUACUUAUUUUCUAUUACAUUGAGCUAUGGAUCGGUGGAACUAUGGAUGGGAAGACCCAUGGGGAUAUGAGCAAGAAAGUUUAUAUGGUGGAGGUUAUCAAGCUUAUGAGCCUAGAAAGGAAUUCGCUGAAGGACUACUAGCUCAAUUGCAAGCUUCUCAAGCUCUCUUGCAAGCCUCCCAAGCUCGAUUGCAAGCUUCUCAAGAGAUGCUUAUACAUUCCAACGAGCAACUUAAGGCUAGUCUUGCACAAGAGCCACCCUUCACCAUUUAUGAGCAUGAAUCUUUCUUUGACCAAGUGAAGCCUAUUUCAAGAGAAAAUGUACGUGUCAAACAUCUUGAGCAAGAGUCGUUUAUGCAAAUUGAAGAUGAUUAUAGUGAUGUUGAUGUACAAGAAAUUGAGCUUGGUUAUGAAAGUUCCAAUGCAAGUGGGGUGAGAGACUACUCUUCGGCGGAAUGGGUACAAUCUAAGCUUCCAAAUGAAGGGGAGAUACUUGAAGAUGAUUCCGAAGAAGAGGAUGGCUUGUCUAAUGAGUCGGAUGCGGAGUUUGAAGUCAUACACCCUACUCCCUUAUUCAUUGAGGUCGAUAUUCCCAUGGAGGAAGAGAGUCCUUCAAUACCUUGUGAUGAUGAAGAAAUUGAAGAGCCAAGGACUUUCUUGCCUCCCACAUCCAUGGAGAUCCAUCAUGAGCUUCCCAAGGUGGAUUGUAGAAUAUUGAUCACUUAUGUUAUUCAUGAGAGGAUUGGGAUCAAGGUACUUUUACCUCCUAAUCCACCAUUAAGUGGUCAAUGUUUCUACAAUGAGGUGAUAGAUUGGAAAGGAAGUGAACCUCUUGCACUCGACCUUUCCCAUCACUUGCAAGAGCUUCUACCACCUAUUGUUUGUAAGGGCAUUAUUUCUAUACCACUUGAGAAGGAGAAGGCAAGUAUAUUGGCUCCUAGAAGAAAAAUGGAGAAGAAUGGGAAGAUUAAGAAGCUACACUUUUGGCCACCAAUUGGAGUAUUCUUAUGUAGCUCUUGGUCUUGCCUCUAUGAUACAUCAAUGAGUCCCUUAGCCCCAAACAAUAGGGUGGUCGUACUUGAGAAGUAUCCACCUUGACAACGAUCAUGUUCUAUAGACCGGCUUGGGGUCUUUAAAAACAAGCGCUUCUAGGGAGGCAACCCUAGGUGGUUUUGAAAUUUUCUUGUUCAUUUUGCAUCAAUAAGGCUAUUUAGCCAUCUUUUUGGGAGGUGUUUGGAAUGUGGAGAAUAAGGAGAUAUUUUUAGCUGCAAUUCUUGUGUGGAGGUCAUGGAGGAUGAUUUUGGGUUAUGAGUUGAUGGGAUGAAGACCACGAGCUUAAUGGAGGACCCUUGUCCUUAUUCUUUGAUUGCCUAUUUGUGACGCAUUGCUCUUUGGACACUAUAUAUUUCUCAAUGGAGUCGAUCUUUCAUGAGCACCUAGAGCUAGCUUGGAGCAUACGUUAAGGAAGUCAAGG